AAACGGUAAAUAAGGGCGCUCAGCAAGCAUUGACAUCAACUCGCUUCGAUUUUGAAUUUGUCAGCGUGUGUCAAAGCACAGUUACACCGGCACAUUCAGCGUGCUAACACGCUAAACAGUUUCCUGUUCUCGUUUUUCGUAAAGAAUGAUCUAAAUUGUGUGAAAUUUUAGUCAAGUGUUUUAAAAUAACCAUAAAAAAAUAAACGCCGGCACACGCAGACGACGCGCAGUUCAAACUUUCUCAUCGUAGCAGCAACAUCCAAGAAUUCAACGAACGUAAAAACUGCCAACAAAAUGAGUAAGGCGGAUUCGAACUCGCGUCAGGGCUCCUACAAGUCCAACACCAUCAACACGCAGGACUCGCGCAUGCGCCGCCAUGAGGUGACCAUCGAGUUGCGCAAGUCCAAGAAGGAGGACCAGAUGUUUAAGCGGCGUAACAUCAACGAUGAGGACCUCACUUCGCCCCUCAAGGAGCUCAAUGGCCAGUCGCCGGUGCAGUUGUCCGUCGACGAGAUAGUGGCUGCCAUGAACAGCGAGGAUCAGGAGCGCCAGUUCCUGGGCAUGCAAUCUGCCCGCAAGAUGCUCAGCAGGGAGAGGAAUCCUCCCAUUGAUUUGAUGAUCGGCCAUGGCAUUGUGCCCAUUUGCAUACGCUUCCUGCAGAAUUCUACCAACUCCAUGCUGCAGUUCGAGGCUGCUUGGGCUUUGACAAACAUUGCAUCCGGUACUUCUGACCAGACGCGCUGCGUCAUUGAACACAACGCUGUGCCGCACUUUGUUGCGCUACUGCAGUCCAAGUCCACCAAUCUGGCCGAGCAGGCAGUUUGGGCCUUGGGAAACAUUGCUGGCGACGGGGCUGCUGCCCGCGACAUUGUCAUUCAUCACAACGUCAUUGAUGGCAUCCUGCCGCUGAUCAACAACGAGACGCCGCUCUCCUUUCUACGCAACAUCGUCUGGCUGAUGUCGAAUUUGUGCAGAAACAAGAAUCCCUCGCCGCCCUUCGAGCAGGUCAAGCGUCUGCUGCCCGUUCUGUCGCAGCUCCUACUCAGCCAGGACAUUCAGGUGCUGGCCGACGCCUGCUGGGCACUGUCCUAUGUUACUGACGACGACAACAGCAAGAUCCAGGCAGUGGUCGACUGUGAAGCAGUGCCUCGACUGGUUAAACUACUGCAAAUGGACGAACCGAGCAUCAUUGUGCCCGCAUUGCGCAGUGUCGGAAACAUUGUCACCGGCACAGAUCAACAGACUGACGUGGUGAUUGCCUCUGGAGGAUUGCCCAGGUUGGGUCUUCUGCUGCAGCACAACAAGAGCAACAUUGUCAAGGAGGCUGCCUGGACGGUCAGCAACAUUACGGCAGGAAACCAGAAACAGAUCCAGGCGGUCAUUCAGGCUGGCAUCUUCCAACAGCUGCGCAACGUGCUGGAGAAGGGCGACUUCAAGGCCCAGAAGGAGGCUGCCUGGGCGGUGACAAAUACCACGACGUCGGGCACCCCCGAACAGAUCGUGGAUCUUAUCGAAAAGUACAAAAUCUUAAAGCCAUUUAUCGAUCUGCUAGAUGCAAAGGAUCCCCGUACCAUCAAGGUGGUGCAGACGGGCCUGUCCAAUUUGUUCGCCCUUGCCGAGAAACUCGGCGGCACCGAAAACCUUUGCCUUAUGGUCGAAGAGAUGGGUGGCCUAGACAAGCUGGAGACUCUGCAGCAGCACGAAAAUGAAGAGGUCUACAAGAAGGCCUACGCCAUCAUUGACACUUACUUCAGCAACGGCGACGACGAGGCCGAGCAAGAGUUGGCACCGCAGGAGGUAAACGGAGCCCUUGAGUUCAAUGCCACCCAGCCCAAGGCUCCCGAGGGUGGCUACACGUUCUAGCCUGAUCACUCACCAGUUUACCCAAAACGCCGCUCACACGCCUUACAAACUACAUCCCAUUACCAAGACCUUCGACCGCGCUCACACGAUUUUUUGUUUUGCCAGAGAAUAUGCCAUUGUCAAACGUAAUUACGUAUCACAUCUAAACAUUCCCGAACACUUGGAGGCAUGCAUGCAAACACAGGCUAAUGCAUUUGCUUAGACACCACUCAAGACUUUAGAUCGGUUAAAACACCUACACCUAACUCGUACUCGCCUGAUCCCACUAUGACUUAGCGUUGAAGCUUCGUAGCUGCCUGGCAGCACGGAUCUGUGAUGCACUUACUCUCGUUCCGAACUCAACCUCUCGGGCAGCUGUGCUGGCUGGUAUCGUGGUUGCUUGUUGGAAUCUGCACUUUCUGCAUGCGUGUGCUUGGCAUUUCAUUUGGAUACGUUUCAUUUUUUUCGGAUACAUUUUAGGCUGUUUAGUAUUUAUUUAUACAGGAAUGCUUUUAAUCCUCCGCCUUCGCGCAAGCAUUACAACUACUACACUCCCAUUACACCAGCGUCCUCAUCCCCGAUUCGUAAGAUUAUGUUCACAAGUUAUCAAUAAAUAAUGAAUUGUUUGAAUGAUUAAA